UUGCCUUGAAGCUGUUAAAUUUUUAAUAAGACCACAUUUCUUUGAUUUUAGGAUCUUUUCUUUCCUCCAAGGCUCCAUUGUAUCAGAAGACGUUUCAUCGACGUAUUUGGAAUUUUUCAAAGGAAUUGUCACAACGUUUAUGAACAAUGAAAGCUAAAUUGACUGCAGCGAGCUCUUUACUAUUGACUGUCCUCUUCCUAUGUUUCCUCAAAGGCACGGAAUUAGUAACUAGCGGUGACUUGAUUGAGUUCCGUAAGUGGUUUGAUGAUCGUGGUGGAAAAUGCCGUUGUAAAUUUCUGGAAAGGAAAUACCACAAGCUCACUGCUGUAGCAGAUAGACGUAUUGUAGACAAAGAGUCCAUUUUGAUGGUUCCCGAGUCUUUACUAGUGAACUCUGCCACGAUUGAAAAGUCAACCAUUGGUCCAACACUGGAGCAGCUAUCUCUUGUUCAGCACAAGAUCCUUAACCGUCCAGAUUACUUGGAACGACAAGUAAUGCAGUUUAUGCAGAUGGCAAUAUUUGUGCUUUAUUCUGUUCACACCAGCGAUGAGCAAUGGCUACCUUACUUUAAUAUCCUCUUAAACCAUCAGUGCAAUGCUUUGUGGAUGUGGAGUGAAGAGGAGCUGAGGGAGCUGCAAGAUGAAAAACUACUAAAGAGAGCAAUUGAAUGGAAGGAAAUGGUCUCCAGGCUGGCAGCUAACAUAACACCAAAACUGAAUGGCUUUGGCUUGUUCUAUGGAAAGGACCUUACUCCAGAGACCUUGAUAAAUGCAGUUUGUUCAGUUCAAUCAAACAGUUAUAAUAUAACAAGUCACUCUGGACGCCCAGUCAGGACCCUGGUGCCAGGCCUUAACAUGUUCGCAUAUCGGCCCAGUGUUGGUGGAACAUGGUGGACCAAGGGUGGCGCCCUACGUUACAGACGUGUUAACACUACAAUUGAGGAAGGAGACACUAUAUUCAUUGACGUUAAUCCGAAUGGUGACAGCGUUCAAACGCUUCUGCAAUAUGGCUUGUUCGUUUCUGAGGGAAGCAAAUUCUUCACUCCUUUGCCAGAGCAAAAAAGCAGGAUGCGGCGAAGAUUUGUGGACAUGUUAAAACUCAAGAAGAAAAUAAAAUACAGCGAGAAAUUCACUUUUAAGGCAGCAGGUCUUCCAAGUUUCCGAGUACAAGCGCUUUCGGACAAAGAUGUCGACGCUUUAGUGAGAGCAGGAAGCAAUCCGAGCAAAUUAUCUGAGUUAAAGAAAGUAUUUAACAGUCCAUCGCUUCAUGUUGGAACCAACCCUUCAUACUCUUGCAAGGACGAAGUGGUCGCCUUAAAUUUGUUAACGCUUCACCUCAGAGAUGAAAUGUUAGGUAGAACUACUGGAAUGCCACAGGAUGAAGAGAUCUUGACCAAGGAUAUUCCAACAAGGCAACGUAUUGCUGUGGAAUUUAGACUGAAGUUUAAAAAGCUUGUUACGAAUUAUCUUGAUAUAACCAGCGCUCGAGCAAUAGAGACAAAAAGGGAAUGUCUGUCUAGAAAGAGAGAUGAACUUUAACCCUUUUUUCGCAGCCCGUAACUUGUGUGUGUUCCACCAUACUCGAACUACCAAAUUUAGUCUGAAAAUAUCCCAGGAAAGUUCUCCAGUACUGAAUUAAAAUUUUCAGAUGGCUGAAUUCUAAAACGUUUACCAGAGGCUCACACAUCCUCAAGGGCUACGUUUGAAUUACUUUUCAUCAGUAUGUCAAACCUCAGGUCCAGAAAAUAAUUUAUGUUUGCUAUUUAUGUCCACUAUAAUUUCCUCGAUUAAUAAAUGCAUAUUAAGGAUU